UGGAAUGAAAUACUUUCUAUGUUCAAAGGAAGAUUUUAGAUUCAAUAUAUAUGAAAUAAAUAAGCAAUAUGAAUAAACUAUAAUUAAAACAUAUGCAUUUAGUGUAUUAUCUCAAACAAUCAAGGAAUUUUAUUCUGAAGUUUGGAUUUUAGAUUUCUUUUACUUCCGGGUCACAUGACCAAACAUCAAAAUGGCCGGUGAAUUUAUUGCAGUUCCUCUGAAGAAAACCUGGGAAUUAGAUCACACUAAGCCUCUUAAGAAUUUUAUUUCAAACACAUUUGCUAACGCAAGUCCCGAGGAUUAUAACAAUGCCAUUUCCGAGUUCAACAAACUUCGUAAUCAAAUGAUAUCGAAGUCUUUAGACAAACAUGAAUCUGCCCUGGAAGUUUUGUACAGGUAUUAUGACCAGUUGGUAGCCAUUGACUCAAAGUUACCUAUUUCGGAAAAUCAGAUAAGAAUAAACUACAAAUGGCAAGAUGCUUUCGACAAAGAAUCAUUUUUUGUUGGCAAAAGAACACUGACUUUAUCCAGUGCUGCAUAUGAGAAAGUAUGUGUGUUGUUCAAUAUUGGAGCUCUUCAGAGUCAGAUUGCAGAGUCGCAGAACAUGGAGUCUGAUGAUGGUCUUAAAACCUCUGCUAAACUCUAUCAGCAAGCAGCUGGUAUAUUCAAUUACCUGAAGGACUGUGUGUUGUCCCAUGUCCAGCAAGAGCCAACUCCUGACCUUCACCCCGACACUCUGUCUGCCAUUGGUGCAUUACUAUUGGCCCAGGCCCAGGAGUGCGUGUACAGAAAAGCUGCUAUAGAUAAGAUGAAGGACUCUAUAGUUGCCAAGCUAGCACAUCACUGUUCUGACCUUUACGCUGAUGCAAUGAAACAGCUUCAGCUCCAUUCAUUGAGAGAGCUUUGGCCUAAGGAAUGGAUCUCUUCUGCUGCUGCCAAACAAGCAGGUUUUCAUGCAAUGGCAGAGUACCACAUGGCUAAGGAUGAGGGGACUAGGAAAGCAUAUGGCCAUGAAAUUGCUAGGCUCAAGCAUUCAUCAGAAUUGAUGCAAGCAUCAGCGACAAGAGGGGGUGGAAUAUUCCCUUUCAAGAAAGAGGAGAACAAGAUCAACCUGGCCCUGAAAGAAGCUGAGAAAGACAACAACUUUAUAUACCAUGAUAAAGUACCAGACAGGAACACACUAUCAGCUAUUGGAAAAGCACCUGUUGCUAAAGCUUUACCCAUACCAGCUCCAAUGAGUAAAGAUUUUAAAGAUUUAUUUGAGAAAAUAGUUCCACUAGCAGUCCAUCAGGCCAUUACAACAUUUGAUAACAGGAAGGCAGAGGUAAUCAACAUGGAAGUAGGGAGAUUGAGAGAACAGACACAACUUCUUAACAGUGUGUUGGCCUCCCUGAAUCUCCCUGCAGCUAUAGAGGAUCUCUCUGGAGAAGCUGUACCAAGCUCCCUAUUAGAAAAAGCCAGGACUUUGAAAGAGAAUGGUGGAGGAAUAGAUUACAUAAAUAAACUAAUGACAGAUUUACCAGAAUUAUUGACUAGAAAUAGAGAAAUCCUAAAUGAGUCUACGAAACUACUAGAUGAUGAAGAAACCUCUGACAAACAAUUACGUGAACAGUUCAAAGAACGCUGGACAAGAACGCCAUCUGUAAACCUCACAGAACCAAUUAGGCAGGAGGGGAACAAAUAUAAAGGAAUCUUAGACACGGCUAUACAAGCUGAUCAUGUGGUCAAGGAAAAAUAUAACACACAUAGGGAAGGAAUCGUCCUACUGUCAAAAUCUGACGCUGAAAUAGCAAGUGCUCUACCAUCGGGUAAUCCUACAGCUGCCAUGAAGGACCAACCCUUUGUUGUUGCCCUCAAACAACUUAUGGAACAAGUAGAAACUAUGAAGGCAGAGAGAGAUGUUAUGGAGAAUGAAAUCAAGGAGGCUAAAUGUGAUAUGGCUGCCAAGUUUCUGGGUGCAUUAAGUGCAGAUGGUGCAAUAGAAGAAGAUCUUAUCUCAUCGCAAGAGUUAGAGGCCAUGUAUGGACCUCUUAGAGAGCAAGUCCGUGACAGCGUUACCAGACAAGAGACUCUCCUAGCUGAUAUUCAGAGAGCAAAUACUGAAUUCUGCAAUGCUAAAUCUUCAAACCAAAGUGCUGCAACACGAGAGACAAUGCUUAAAGACUUAGCUGCUGCAUUUGAUAAUUACAUGGAACUUAAAGGAAAUCUAGAAGAAGGAACGAAGUUCUACAAUGACCUAACCCAGCUGUUAGUGAGGUUCCAGAAUAAGGUGACCGACUUCUGUUUUGCUAGGAAGACUGAAAAGGAGGAAUUAAUGAAGGAUUUACAAACUAACAUAGCCAACCAACCCACACAGGCUCCCCCGGCUGCACCUUCUUACCAAAAAGCUCAAGCUCCUGCAAGACCUCCCCCACCCACUCUGCCUACGUCCCAGCCCACACAGGCCUCAGCCCAAGCCCCCCAGGCCUCAGCUCCAGCCCCCCACCAGGCUCCACAGAGGCCAAGCCAACCACCAACAAUUCCACAAGCCGCUCCUCCACAGUCACAACAGCCCCCAGCUUAUGGCCAGGGAGCCCCACAACUCCCCUACCCUGCCAACCCAGGUUAUGGUGGCCAGCAGUACCCUCAGGCAGCAGGGGGUUAUCCGCAGUAUGCCCCUCCAGCCAUGCCCCAAGGAUUCAACCCAUACGCCCAGUAUGGACAACAACCUCAGUAUGGACAGAACCCUUAUGGUGCUCCUCCCAGUGCACCACCCCAGGGGGCUUACCCCCCACAGCAGCCCUACCCAGGUCAACAACCUGGCUAUCCUCAACAACCUGGGUAUCCUCCACAGGGCCAGUACCCCCAGCAACCUCAAUGGAGAUAGGGCUCAGUUCAUCGGGUAUGGACCAGUCAUGUGUAUCACCUGCAGAAUCCUUCAACUCUCAACAUAUCCCACACACUUGUGCACCAUAUGGUGACUACAACCACUUUUAGGAAUAUUCAAUCGAUAUAAUUCCAAAACACUAGAAUGAUGUUGCAAAAGGGUCUAUAUUUCAAAUUGGACAAUACAACACCCCUUCCCUAGAUAGACUAUCAUAUUCACAUUUUCCAUGAGUUCUAUCAAUGCGUGCAAUUUGAUAUAAAAUCCCACACUGAAGACAGAUUGGAUCUCUGAACCAGCAUUACAUGUCAUUGGUGUAGUAUAUGAAUUGUGCAUAGAAUGGAACUUGUAUAAAGUGACCCUUAGAUUUAUAGU